AUGUCAACACACCGCCUCGGGGAGGGCCUCCGGGGCCCCCAGGACCAGGGGGGCCGCCACCAAGGCCAAGUGCUGAACUCCCUCCGGACGCUCGUCGACGCGCAGCCCCCCCUCAAGGGGAAUCAGACCUCCGACCUCGUCAAGCGCCGCUACUCGACCCGCUUCAAUAAUGCGCCGAUUAACUUUGACCUGUCGACACCACCAAUGCCCAGCUCAGGCGCCUUUGAUAAGUAUCAGGCUGAAGAUCGGGAUAGAUCCCGGAAUAGAGAUAGGCCUCGCACGCGAGACCGAGAUGACAGAGACCGGCGGCCACCGCCGUCACGUGGCGGAGGCAAUGCGCCGCCGAUUGAUAUGAAAGCCCUCCGAGACCCGAAGCUCAACGCUGAACAAUAUGUCGCCGAGGUGCUUGGCGAUGUCGACGAGGACCAGAUCCGAGAUUUUGAGGACGGCCUACAGAAGCUGAGGGGACGAGCCGCCGCCGAUCUUCAGCAGAAUGUCCUCCAGAACCGAACGCAAUUCAUCAAGAUCAGCAAAGAGGCGGAGAAGCUCAAAGGGGAAAUGCGAACUCUGAGAAAUCUCAUGGCCGAGCUCAAGGCCAACACCACCGCUCUACGUACCAGUUCGGCGGGGGCGGGUGACCUUGCUCUCGACGGAGAGUUGUCCUCGGGAAUGAGCAAGCGGGAUAAGCGGAGCUCCGUAGCCGAUAGAAGCGCGCUGUGGAACUCGCAGAUGCAGGCCCUCUACAAAAACGUGGAAGGAUCGCAAAAGUUCCUACCCAACUCCUCUGGCCGACAUGUCAUUCAGAAUGCAGGUCCUUGGAUUGAGCUUGACAACGCCACCUACAAAUCUCGCCGGGCCAUGCAAAUCUUCCUUCUCAAUGACCAUCUUUUGAUCGCAUCACGCAAGAAGAGAAAGGCGGAUGCCAGCGGGGCAACUGACAACCGUGGUCCCAUGACCAAGCUUGUAGCGGACCGAUGUUGGCCGCUGCUAGAUAUCGAAAUUGUAGACAUGGCCGGGUCCAGCGACUCGUCAACUGGCCGGAACAAACUUGCGGACGCCAUCAUGGUCCGCGGCAUUGGCCAGGAUUCAUUCAUCUAUCGCACUGAAAAGCCCGAGGACCCCGAAAAGGGAACUCUUCUCCUCAACAUCAGAAAGGCCGUCGAAGAGCUCCGUCGGAGCCUCCGAUCCGAGAUGGAAGCCAACAACAAGGCCAAGGAGACCAUCAACUACUUCGCCUCUCGAGACCCAGGCCUGCUGCAGAAGACCGAGCUGCUCGAGACCCUGUCGGACAUCAAGGACAUGCUCAUCGAAGUGGACGGGAAGCAGCAGAACCUGCGGUGGGUGGAAAGCCAGAUGGAUGAGCUUGAUAUCGACAUUGCUCUCCAGAACCUCGAACCGGCGGUGGCUCGGGUCGAAAUGCUGAAGAACCUGGCGAGGAGCCUCAAGAACAACGUCGUCGCGCAGGACUUUAUCAACUUCAAGGUCGAGGAGCGAUGUGCUCGGCUCGCGGCUCUCAUCACGCGGGAGCUGGAGGCCUCGCAUAGUGAUCAGACUAAGACGAGGCGGAACGUCGAUUGGCUUACGCGUCUUGGCUUUGAGGAUAGUGCUAGAGAAGCUUAUCUUGCAGCUCGGAGCGACAUUAUUCAGAAACGAUCAAGGCAAUGUAUUUUCCAAGGUGACCUCCACCUAUACAUUUGGGAGGUAUCCUACGUCUACUUCCAAAUCAUCCGCAACACCGUCACGUGCUUCCAGGCCUGCUUCCCGCCGUCGAUGAUGAGCGCCUGCGUGAAAUGGGCCAAGACGGAAGUCGAGGCGUUCAACGUCAUCCUGGCGAGGCAGCUGAGCGGGACGGAUCGGGACAGCGCCGUGUGGAAGAAUUGCAUGGAGAGGGCUCACGAACAUGCAAGGCUGCUUUCAGAGGUUGGUUUGGAUUUCAAGAAUCUGGUUGGGAAGGAGUUGAAGCAGACGAAUGGGGCCAAUGGUGCUUCGGGUCUAGCUUUCCCUCUCGGCGUUCGAAUUAUCUCAAUCCCCCGACCCGAACCAGAACCCCACAGCAUCUCCAAACUCCCCGUGAUGGACACUACUAUGGAAGAUGUCGGGCGUGUACCCACCGAGCCCCUCGUCAACCUCGAACCCGCGACCGUCCCCACGCUCGAUGGAUGGAUCGAGAGUCUGAUGAGCUGUAAGCAGCUCUCUGAGCUCGACGUCCAGAGGCUUUGCGAAAAGGCGCGAGAAGUCCUCCAGGAGGAAUCCAACGUACAGCCCGUCAAAUGCCCCGUUACCGUGUGUGGCGAUAUCCAUGGCCAGUUCCAUGAUCUCAUGGAGCUGUUCAAGAUUGGCGGUCCUAACCCUGAUACCAAUUACCUCUUUAUGGGCGACUACGUCGAUCGAGGAUACUAUUCCGUCGAGACCGUCACCCUCCUCGUCGCCCUCAAGAUCCGCUACCCCCAACGCAUCACCAUCCUGCGCGGCAACCACGAAUCCCGCCAAAUCACACAAGUCUACGGCUUCUACGACGAGUGCCUCAGGAAGUACGGCAACGCCAACGUGUGGAAGUACUUCACCGACCUCUUCGACUACCUCCCCCUCACCGCCCUCAUCGAGAACCAGAUCUUCUGCCUCCACGGCGGCCUGUCGCCUAGCAUCGACACCCUCGACAACAUCCGCGCCCUCGACCGAAUCCAGGAGGUGCCCCACGAGGGCCCCAUGUGCGACCUGCUCUGGUCGGAUCCCGACGACCGCUGCGGUUGGGGUAUUUCCCCCAGAGGUGCUGGUUAUACGUUUGGGCAGGAUAUAUCGGAGGCUUUUAACCAUAAUAAUGGUUUGACCUUGAUUGCUCGUGCUCACCAGUUGGUGAUGGAGGGAUAUAACUGGUCCCAAGAUCGCCAUGUGGUGACCAUCUUUUCGGCGCCCAAUUACUGCUACAGGUGCGGUAACCAAGCCGCUAUCAUGGAGAUUGAUGAGCAUCUGAAAUAUACUUUCUUGCAAUUCGAUCCAUGCCCACGCGCUGGCGAGCCAAUGGUUUCGAGACGAACACCCGACUACUUCCUGUAA